AGUCACAGUUACAUGCCACCCUCUCUGAUCCCUACCACACCCAGCAACCCCAUUGAAGGAGUAGAGACCAAGAGAGUAGCAUCUAGCAAUGGCGGACCUUGCGCUUGGUUUGGCCAAGUCGACGGUGGUGGGGACGGUGAGCAUGGUCAAGUCAGAGAUCGAGAAGGACAAGAAGCUGAAGAAGAGCGUGAAGCGUGACUUGAUGCUUAUCUCGGACGAGUUCGAGAUGAUGCACUCCUUCCUCAACGUCGCCAAGGACCACACCACAGACGAGAUGGUGAGGACCUUGGUGAGUCAGGUCCGCAACAUGGCCUUAGACGUGGAGGAUUGCAUUGAGUCCGGUGCUCAGGUGGACCAUAAGAAGUCAACCUGGUGGCGCAGCAAGCUCCCAUCACGCCUGAAGGCGGCGGCGCCGGCAGUGGCCCUGAACGAGGCCGUCGAGAGUAUAGAGCUGCUCAAGGCCAGGGUUGAGGCCAUGGGCCAGAGGAACAUGCGCUACAGCCACAUCAGUGGCCCUAGCUCCAAGUCUGAUGUUAAGAUGCAACAACCGACUGGGGUCGUCAACGCCACAGCAUUCGAUAUCCUCCUUAAUGCUAGGAGUGAUAUGAUGAAGCAGCGUGGCCUAGUGGAUCUUGUGAAGUUGAUCAGCAAGAAAGAUAGUGCGCUUGAACGUCAAGUGAUCUCAGUGUGGGGAACAGCAAGCAAUUUUGGAAUGGCAUCCAUUGUCAAGAAGGCUUAUGAUGAGCCAGAGAUCAGCAAAAACUAUAGUUGCCGUGCCUGGGUAAAAGUGAUGCAGCCCUUCAACCCCCACGAAUUCAUCAGGAACUUGUUGAUUCAAUUCUACACAAAUUAUUGUCCACAACAAGGAAGAACUACUGUAGAUUUCAUGAAGCCCAUGAAGGUGAUGGAGUCAACAAAAGGUGAACUCAUCGAGGAGUUUACGAAUAAACUGAGCAACCAGAUCUACCUAAUAGUCCUGGAAGACUUGUCUUCCGUGGUUGAUUGGGACAUCAUCAGAGAGUACCUACCUAGCAACAAUAAUGGCAGCUGCAUCAUUGUGGCCACACAGCAGCUUGAAAUCGCAAGCAUGUGCAUUGGGCAUUCAUACCAAGUAUCAGAACUGAAGAAAUUCUCAGAUGAUCAUUCUGUUUGUGUGUUUUUCAAGGAGGAAAUGGAAGAGUAUACACCCAAGAGGGACGCUGCAACACAAUGGCUACAUAAAUUUAAACAUGUUGCACACAAAACGGAUCUAUACAUAAUAGGUGUUAUGGCGGUUGCCGCCGCCAAUGUGGCUAUUAUCUCUGGGGUUGCUGGUGUUGGCAAAUCAUUUCUUGUCAGAACAGUCUACUAUCAUGCGAUUAGUGAAGGGCGGUUCCAGAAAUUUGGUUGGGUUAAUGUGUCCCAUCCCUUCAAUCUGGUGGACUUAUCGCGGCGCUUACUCUUGGAUUUGCAUUCUGAAUCUCUCAACCACUAUAGCACGUUGAGAAUCGAAGACCCGAUCCAAGCGUGCCGUGAGUUUCUAGAUGAACACAAGUGCCUCGUGGUCAUUGAUGGUCUACGGUCCAAGGAAGAAUGGGAUUUGACAAAAGCCGCGUUGACAUUUGCACCUUCUGGAAGCCGUGUCAUUGUCAUUACAGACGAGGAAAGCGUUGCUGCAUACUGUGCAACUCCAAGCACAAUCAUAUGGAAUGUCAAGGUUCUUGAAGCUGAUGAUGCCCUUGAGCUCUUCAAAGAAAAGGUACGAGAGAAGACAGGUAAACCUUACAUAGAUGACGAAGUGAUUAGCCAAGCAAAACUUGUUUUACAUAAGUGUGGCGGACUUCCGAAAGUGAUAGUUUCUGUAGCCGAUUACUAUGCCAGCGAAUCACAGAGGUUAUCAAAGGACUUGCUAGUAAAAAUAUGGAAGAAGCUGAGUUGCAGGUUUAUGCAGGAAUUGGAAACAAACAGAAAGUUUGAUUGUUUGCGGGAUCUAUUUGCCUGGGUUCAUUCCUACUUUCGUACCUGCCCGGAUUUUCUCAAGCCAUGUAUCUUCUAUCUUUCAAUUUUCCCUGAGAACCGCAGCAUCCGGCGGAGGCGUUUUGUGAGGAGGUGGAUCGCGGAGGGCUACUCCAGGGAUACAAAAGAAAGCACUGCAGAGGAGAAUGGGGAGAAUUUCUUUUCCAAGCUCGUAAAGUUGAGUAUGAUUCAAGUGCUUGAUGCGACAACCUCCAUAGCCUUCCUUAUGAGAAUGCCAUUGUGCCAAGUCAAUGGUUUUUUCCGAGAAUACAUCAUUUCAAGGUCAAUGGAAGAGAACCUUGUCUUUGCCCUAGAGGGGUCUUGCAGCUUGAACCCUCAACGCACGGGACGGCACCUUACCAUACACGGAACCUGGGACAGGGACCGUAUUGUGUUUGAGAGCAUGGACUUCUCAAGGCUUCGGUCACUGACAGUUUUUGGUAAAUGGGAUAAAUUCUUCAUCUCUGAGAAGAUGAAGCUACUCCGGGUGCUGGAUCUGGAGGAUGCAGAAGGUGUAACGGAUGGAGACGUUGAUAAGAUGGUGAAGUUGUUGCGUGGCCUCAAGUUCCUCUCACUAAGAGGAUGUAGUGGUGUCUCUUGCCUCCCGGAUUCCUUGGGUGGCCUUCGGCUUCUCCAGACUCUUGAUGUCAGAAACACUAAAGUAUCCAUGAUUCCAUCAGCGAUCAUCGAGCUAAAGAACCUGCAGUAUGUUCGUGUAGGCACCGUCAUGCCAUUACCCAGUGAUGAGGAUGACACGAUAGAGAAUCCACCAGCAGUAGUGGACCCAUCAACGAGCCUACCAGCAGGGACCCAACCAAUAGAGGACCCAUCAAAAUCAACAUGGAGCAGGCCAUGUUGCAUGCCCAAGUUCUUCAGACCCAGACCAAUGGAUCGUCGAAACUCUGGCGGCGUUACGGUCCCAAGGGGUAUUCAGGGUCUGGUGGCCUUGCACACGCUGGGGGUCGUUGACGUCGGUGUUGCAGAGGGGAAGGCCAUUCUGGAAGAGAUCAAGAAACUCAGCCAGUUGCACAAGCUCGGAGUGUGUGGCAUCAACCAAAACAACAGCAAAGAAUUGUGUGGUGCUGUCUCGGGUCACAUCCAUUUGGAAUCCUUGUUGUUGGGGCUGAACGAGGACUGUCAAGGCUGCUUGGAUGGCAUCAGCUCGGUUCCACCAAACCUGCAUAGCCUUAAACUUUGUGGGCCGGCACGCGGUUUGCCGGAAUGGAUCAACCAGCUCCAGAACCUCAAGAAAUUGAACCUGCAGAUGAUCACGUUGCCGCAAGACAGCAUAGAUGUCCUUGGGGGUAUACCGGGACUACAAUUUCUGCACCUUUCUUUUAAAGAGUAUCAAGAUGGCAAACUUCAUUUUGAAAAAGGAUUCAACGCGCUCUACGUCCUCAAGAUUUCUUGCAACAACCAGUUAAGAGACAUCAGGUUUCUCCCUGGAGUGCUGCGAUCCCUUGAGAUGCUCAAGAUCCAUUUCUGUCCAAUCGUCUCGUUAUUGAGGUUCUCUGGGCUGAAAAAUCUAGAAGACAAGCUCAAGAAAGUCACAAUUACGGGGUCCUGCACCUAUCCAUGCAGGCAACGCCUGAAGAAAGAGCUCGUCAGAAUGUUUAUGAAAUUCGAACCUCCUCUGGAUGACCAGAACUGUAAUUAUAAUUGUGUAACACACAGCACUCGCCCGCAAGAGGCGGGUCCAAGCCACGAAUAUAGAACAUCCCAGGGUCCCUUCGUGAGGAUCGUCGAGGAGACGCUGCCCCCUGAGUGUACAGAGAUCGCCGAGGUGCCGCUAGAGAUAGAUUUAGUAUAAUGAGCGGAGGUGCCGCUCCCCCUGAGGAUAGAGAGAUAGAUUGUGUAUAAUGAAUGGAUGUAUUAGUCUGAACCUUAGGAUUGAAUAUAUAGAGGUACAUGAUUUGAAGGGCAAAAAAAAAA